AUGGAGCUCCAAGUUUGGUGGGUUUCGAUGCACAAAAUUAUAAUUCUUUUGGCUUUGACAACAACGGUAGUAGUAGCAGCAACAGGUGUAGGUGUAGGUGGAGGUGGAGGAGGAAAUAAUAAUAAUAUUGAUGAUACAGACAGGCUUUCUUUGCUUGGUUUUAAGUCCCAAAUAAUAAAAGAUCCACAUGGAAUUCUGAAUUCUUGGAAUGAAUCUCUACACUUGUGCGAGUGGACAGGCAUCACAUGUGGCCGACGGCAUAAGAGGGUGACCAAGUUGGAGCUCAAUUCAUACGACCUCAAGGGUAUCAUAUCUUCCCACGUUGGAAACUUGAGUUUUCUUAGGAUAUUAGACCUCCAAAACAACACCUUUACCCACCAAAUUCCCGCACACAUCGGCCGUUUGUUUCGGUUGACAGAAUUACUCCUUUCCAACAACUCCUUGAUUGGCCCAAUUCCACACAAUAUAUCUCGUUGCUCUGCCCUUCAAUAUCUAGAUCUAGCUCUCAACAAUCUUACUGGAAAAGUUGUUAUUCCCUCAGAGUUUGGAUUGCUAUCUAAGCUUAAGGUAAUUGAUUUGGGUGACAACCAUUUCGAUGGAGAAAUACCCGAAUCUAUUGGAAAUCUUUCUUUGCUUGAGUGGCUCCGUUUGUCAGAAAACAACCUGCAUGGGCACAUCCCAACCAGCUUUGGGCUGUUGAAAAGGAAAGUGCCAAUUUUUUCAAGGUCUUCCAAUUUGCAGCGUCUGAAUCUUCAAGUUAACAAUCUUGGAUCUCUUGAGGAGGAUGAGGAUGAGGAUUUGAAUUUCCUUUCUUCUCUUACAAACUGCACAUACUUGCGAGUUUUAUUAAUGUCUUUCAACAAUUUUCAACUGACCUUGCACAAAUCUAUCGGCAACUUGUCAACUGAGCUUCAACAAUUUGUCAUGGGAGAGAAUUGGAUACAUGGAAGUAUUCCCAAUGAGAUUGGAAAUCUCAUAAACUUGGAGAUAUUAGGUAUUGAACAAAAUCAGCUUACAGGUUCUAUACCCAACUCAAUAGGUAAAUUAGAAAAGCUGAAUCUAAUAUACCUCAACAACAACAAACUCUCAAGGAUUGUCCCUUCAUCUUUAGGCAAUUUGACACGAUUAAGUAGACUCUAUCUAGGGUCAAACGCUUUGCAAGGAAGCAUACCAUCAAGUCUUGGAGAAUGCAAGAGUUUGACAUUAAUGGAUCUUUCUAAAAACAAUCUCAGUGGUCCUAUACCAAAACAACUUAUUGACCUAUCAUCGUUGUCCAUUACAUUAGAUUUAUCCAGCAACAGCUUGACUGGCCCUAUUCCUACAGAAGUAGGUAAGUUAGUAAAUCUUCAAUAUCUGAAUCUUGAUGAUAAUGAGUUAACUGGUGAAAUUCCUACCACUCUUGGUGGCCGCACAAACUUGUUGUAUUUGUAUUUGUAUGGAAACUCAUUGCAAGGGAAUAUUCCCUUGUCUUUGGCAUCUUUGAGAGGAAUAGAAGAAAUUGACUUUUCUAGCAACAACUUAUCUGGAACAAUCCCAGCUUAUUUGCAGACUUUUCCCUUCUUGAACAUUUUGAAUUUAUCGUUUAAUGAUUUUGAAGGUGAGGUUCCGAUUCAAGGAGUGUUUAGUAAUGUAACUGCACUUUCCAUAGUGGGGAAUACAAGGCUAUGUGGAGGCAUACCCCAAUUGAACCUGUCUAAGUGCUUCUCCAUUCCUUACAUGAAGCAUAAACUAUCUCGAAAAGCAAAGAUCACUAUUGUUUCUGUUGCUUGCGGACUUGUCGCAUUGAUUCUAACAAUGUGUUUGCUCCUAUUUUGUGUGUGGAGGAAAAGAAGAAAGGCAUCAAAUUUGGGAUUCACAUGUACAUUUGGAAUUCCUCAAUUGAAAGUAUCAUAUGGAGAUCUUUUUAAGGCUAAUGAUGGCUUUUCUGAAUCGAAUUUGAUUGGUGUCAAAAGUUUUGGUUCUGUAUACAGAGGAAUCUUAAAUCAGCCAGACGCACAAGUUGUUGCUGUGAAAGUACUAAAACUUGAAACUUCAAGAGCAUCAAAAAGUUUCGUAGCUGAGUGUAAAGCCUUGAAAAGGAUCAAGCAUCGAAAUCUUGUCGGAAUAAUAACUGCAUGUUCAAGUAUUGAUUUUCAGGGGAAUGAUUUCAAGGCUCUUGUCUAUGAGUUUAUGGUUAAUAGGAGCCUAGAAGAGUGGCUACAUCCAACUCAUAGUGCGAAUUUGGAAGAACACAAGCAUUUGACUCUUACAGACAGGGUAAACAUUUCUCUUGGUGUGGCAAAUGCUUUGGAUUAUUUGCACAAUCAAUGCCAUGUGCCAAUAGUUCACUGUGAUUUGAAGCCAAGUAAUGUUCUCUUGGAUAGUGACAUGAAUGCUCAUCUUGGAGAUUUUGGAUUGGUGAGGUUCCUCCCAAAUGCUUCCCAUCCAUUUUCCUCAGAACAAACUAGUUCUCUUGGAAUACCAGGCUCCAUUGGAUAUAUUGCCCCAGAGUAUGGCAUGGGAAGCGAGGUGUCAAAGUCAGGCGAUGUCUACAGUUAUGGAAUCCUACUGUUGGAGAUGUUUACAGGGAAGAGGCCUACUGAUAUUAUGUUUAGAGAUGGCUUGAAUCUGCAUAACUUUGCUCUGACAGGUCUUUCUAAUAGUGUGGAAGAAAUUGUAGAUGCCAGACUUCUUCAAACAGAAGAUGAAAGUAGCAGCAACACCACUCGCAGCAGGAAUAAUAGGGCUCAAAAUCAAUGUCGUAUUCAUGAUUGCUUGAUUUCUGUUAUUAAAAUUGGAGUUGCUUGUUCUGCUAGACUGCAAAGUGAGAGAAUGGAUAUUGCUAAAGUUGUUUCUGAACUUUGCCAUAUAAAGGAGAGGCUAGUUGGGACAUAG